UGACAUUUAGUUUAGUUUAGUUUAGAGAUAACAUCCACCCCCAGUCCCAGACCGUAUUUUUGGCGGGAAUCUCUCUGUCAUCACUAGGACCCUUCAGUUCAUACCACUCCAGUUUUGAAAAACAUUCAACAUUAGAAGCUGCUGCACUUCCUGAAUUAAGCAGAAGUGAUAUGGAAUUGUGAAACUCAGCACGUCAUCUGACCAUUGGUAUUGUGUAUCCUUGUGAGAGGCGCGGAUGAGUUUACUAUAAUUCGACCGCGCAUGUUCUUCAAUGACUAGAAGGUCUUCAAGCUGAAACAUGGAGCAGAUGGAGUAUUAUGCAAACAUUGAUGAGGUUCACCCCAAUGAACAGAAUAGAGACGGUUGCCGGCCGGGAAAGCGGAAUACAGACCGUGGCAUGAAAGCGGAGGACCGUAGCGGACACAAACUCUCCGCCCCGUGCGUCUACUCUCUGCUGGGACUCAGCAUCGUUUUAUCGGCUGCGGCUCUCUGCGUUGCAGUUAUUUUGUUUACAGGAAAUAUUCGGAGCUUAAGCAGCUCAGUGGCCGGGCUUCAGGUUGAAGUUUCACAUCUAAAGAAACAGCUGAGUUGCCCUCACGGAUGGGUCAACUUCAAGCAAAGCUGUUAUCUGUUUUCUUCAAGCUCACAAACCUGGGAGGAGGCCCAGAAAUCUUGCGUGCCAGCGGACGCCCACCUUGUUGUCAUUAAUAAUGCUGAAGAACAGGACUUCUUAAAGAAAAAAGAUGGUGUCCGUCGCUGGAUUGGUCUCACUGACAAAGCCUCUGAAGAUGACUGGCGCUGGGUGGAUGGAACCGAUUAUAAAUCCUCUGCAAAGUGAGUUACUUUCCAGUGCACGUUCUAUUUCACCUCUGCGGUGCUGAAUGUGAAAGAAAAAAACACAAUGUGUCACACACACUAUCCUACACACUCUAGGGACAACUUACAUUUAUACCAGGUCAAAUAACCUGCAAACCUGUACGUCUUUGACUACGUGAGGAAAUCGGAGAACCCGGAGAAAACCCACGCGGUCACCGGGAGAGCGUAAAACUCCGUACAGACAGCAC